AAGUGGAAGUGGCGCCACGGAGGCACCUAGUACUGUGGCGUCUGGUCACUAGCGAACCGUAGCGUACUUAGGACACCACAGUUUAUUUUUCCUUAGUGCUCCUAACGGAUAUAGAAAAUAGCGCUUGUUGCUCAACGCUUUACAUUUUUAUACCAUUGCCGGUAACUCUCCCUGUUUCACAGAUGGGGAAACGGAGGCUCACACUUACUCAGUCCUCUUGAGGUCUCUCACGAAUUCGUGAGAGGUAGAGCCUGAAUUUAAUUCUUGCCCGCCAAUGGCAUAUGUUAGAGCCUGCGUUGGGGGAGACAGCCUGCCCCAUCCCCCCCGCCAGCGCACGCAAUGGUUAUGAGAAGUAAGAAAGUGAGGAGCGGUCCUGAGACUGACCCCAUGUCCUAUACCUAGCUCAAGGCCUCUCUCUGGCUUACCAGUAAACUGCUUUGAAGUUACAGAACUUUGUACUUGAGUGCUGGAAGAGACCUUGGGAAUCCCGGGUUCCAUCCUUUUAUACAGAUGAAUGCACUGUGGGCCAGAGAUAGGAAGUGACCGGCCCACGCAGCCACUUUAGAACAUUUUUAAAAACAAGAGCCCUAGAAACGUCUAUUCCGUUCCAUUGAUCAAGUAAAACAAGCUUAGCCAGAACUGGUAGUUCUACAUCUUAAUGCAGAAUCCUUCUUGGUCCGCCUGGGUCACCUCCUCUUGCUGGAUUCAGCUACUGUUCAUGGAAGAAACCAUGAAGCCACAGAAGACGCGAAUGCAGAGUUUGAGUCCAGAUCCCAGAGCCCAGUACACGAGUAUCUACGGAGCCCUCAAGAGAAUCAUGCGGACCGAAGGCUUCUGGAGGCCCUUGCGGGGCCUCAAUGUCAUGAUCAUGGGUGCAGGGCCGGCCCACGCCAUGUAUUUUGCCUGCUAUGAAAACAUGAAAAGGACUUUAAAUGACGUUUUCCACCACCAAGGAAACAGCCACCUAGCCAACGGGAUAGCUGGGAGUAUGGCCACCCUGCUCCACGAUGCGGUAAUGAAUCCAGCAGAAGUGGUGAAGCAGCGCUUGCAGAUGUACAACUCGCAGCACCGGUCAGCCCUCAGCUGCAUCCGGAUGGUGUGGAGGACCGAGGGGUUGGGGGCCUUCUACCGGAGCUACACCACGCAGCUGACCAUGAACAUCCCCUUCCAGUCCAUCCACUUCAUCACCUACGAGUUCCUGCAGGAGCAGGUCAACCCCCACCGGACCUACAACCCGCAGUCCCACAUCAUCUCAGGCGGGCUGGCCGGGGCCCUCGCUGCGGCCGCCACGACCCCCCUGGACGUCUGUAAGACCCUUCUCAACACUCAGGAGAACGUGGCCCUCUCUCUGGCCAACAUCAGCGGCCGGCUGUCAGGCAUGGCCAAUGCCUUUCGGACGGUGUACCAGCUCAAUGGCCUGGCCGGCUACUUCAAAGGCAUCCAGGCGCGUGUCAUCUACCAGAUGCCCUCCACCGCCAUUUCUUGGUCUGUCUAUGAGUUCUUCAAAUACUUCCUCACCAAGCACCAGCUGGAAAAUCGAGCUCCAUACUAAAGGAACAGGCUAUGGGAAGGGAUCAUAGAAUCUUUUCUUCUUAAAGCCAUUCUCUGCCUGCAUCCAGCCCCUUGCCCUCUCCUCACACAUUUUUUUGCAGGGUGCUCCCUAUGGGUCCUCUGCUCCUCGAUGCCUUAGAGGGAGGAGGGGACGGGCCAGCUGCUCACGGGAAGGCUGUCUGCAGGGACAUCCGAGGCGGUGGUGGACCAGAAAGGCUUUGGAAGGGGAGCGAGAAAUUGCUUUUUCUCUUCCUCCCUCGGCAGAAUGUAGCUUUUCUGCUUCACUGUGGCAGCCCCCUCUGUGGAUCCUCAGAUCUCACAGGAGGGAAGAAAACUUGCAGUGACUGAAAACAGUAAAAACAUUUUUUAUGUAUAUAAAAGUUCCAUUACACAGUACAAAAUAGAUGGAUAAUGUUUAUCCUUUAUUUUUCUAUGUAGAAGUUUUUGAAUUUGUGUGUGUGCUUGUGCGUGUCUACACCUAGUAUUACGGCUGGGACUCUAGCUGUUGUUUUUUUUUUUUUUUUUUUUUUAAAUGAGAGGGUUGAAUUCUUCCAUCAGGUGAACGAAAAAGGCACCAAAGUAAUAAAUCACUGAAUGUGGCCUGCAGCUGUGUUUUUAGCCCCUCCAGAUGGAAGUUUCACUUGAAUGUAAAAUAAUAAAAAUUAAGUUUAUAUUUUGAAUUUCUCUUUUCAUGGGGGGAAAAAAAGGUACGUUUAAAAAAAUUUAAAUAAUGAUAUGUCACUUGCAGCUACCUUUUUUUUUUCCCUUUUAAAUUCAAUCAGCCACUUCAUGUGCCUUUUUUCCUUUGUCUUUCCCCAAAAUGCCAGGACCAGAGACCUAGACCUGGCCCUGGCCCGUUUACUCCUGCUGUGUAUACACACGCACACGUGCGGGGGGCAGGAUCUCGCCCGCUGGAGGUUGGUGGAGCGCAGCAGAAUCAGGGCGGCUGGGCGUAAACCUGUUGAGACUGCCUCCUCCCCUUGUGAGCGAGGUGAAUCCUGCCUCCCCGGUCAGCACUUAGAAGCCCUUCAUAGGUAGCACUUGGCUACCUGCGGGGCAGGUGUUUGGAAUGAAUCCUACCUUCAGCCUAGGAGUUGUUUCUGCCUCAGCUUUUAACUCAGGCACUUCAGGUAACGUGAUCCAUGUGUGUUUUGACGGACUCUCCUCAUCCCCCGCUUCCCUGUGCGGUCUAGGGAAGCACGUCUCCAGACUGUCCCCAGUCCUGUCCCACCCCUUAACUCCCACGUCACAGCUUCUCACGGCAUGCGACAAGAGCUAGGCCUAUCUGCGAGGGCCCUGCGGCUCAGGUCUGACCUGGAUCGCCUUGCCCGAGUCGGGAGACCCCUCUCCAGAAGCCAUUCUGCAGCCCCGUCCGCUCUGCGUCACCCGAGAACACAGGCCUCGCAGCCUUGCUCUCUGAAAUGGUGUGUCCGCGGGUAAGACGGUCGCGCAGAGAAAAUGCAAGCCCGUUUUCCCUAGCGGUGCCGUUUGGUGCUCUGGGGCCGCCGCGCAAGGGAAUACUGAUGGGACGAGCGGCACCGGCUCCGAUUUGGGGCCCUCACCAGAGCUUAUCUUUAAAAACGGGCGGGAAGCUCAGGCGUGUUUGCGUUUCGGCGAGCCAGGUCCUGACCUGCAGCCAUCCACCACACUCAGUGUGGUUGCACCUCACCGAGCAGGUGCAGGCCUGGGGUCUUUUGAGUAGCGUGACUGCCUAGAAGUAACACAUGGAGAAUUUCCAUCUUGGGAUCAUGCACACAGUGCCCAGGGGAGUAGUUUUUGCUCUGAUAGCGAUGAGGAAUUCUAUCAUCAAACAGUCAGUUGACUUCUUUUUUCAGAUCAGGGAUGGGAAAGAGCCACACUGGGUACCUCCCGCGUGUGCCCCGUGAACAGCCCCUUGCGGCUGGGCUGUGGGGCUUGGCUGCUGCCUUGUCCCAUCUGGGGGUUAACACCUCCUCCCUGCUCUGCCCGCCCCCCUCUCCAUACUCCAAAGCCAGUUGCAGCCUCAGCCCUACGUGAGGAUGCAGAAAGCCAUAGUGUCCACGCCGCUGCUGAAAUUGUUUACAUCUGUGCUCUCAACCUGCCUUGGGUUUGUGUUAAAUGGUGUUAAAUUCUGCAAACGGAGGGGAGGAAAUCAAAUUCUAAAUUCCAAAGUGAAUUUAAGGAAAAUUUGUAAAAAAUUAUCCUACCACCCCUUUGAGUCCACCUGAGAUGGGCCACACUGCAGCAAGACAGUCCCUACGGGAUUUGGCUUUCACGGGUGUUUAGAAAACAAACUGUUGAUUUCUCUAGGAAAACUCCUUUGGUUAGGGGGAUGCAAGAAGGGAAGAUGAAGGCCAGGCACAGUGGCUCACUCCUGUAAUCCCAGCACUUCGGGAGGCCAAGGCAGGCAGAUCUCUUGAGGUCGGCAGUUUGAGACCAGCCUGGCCAACAUGGUGAAACCCCAUCUCUAGUAAAAAUACAAAAAUUAGCUAGUCAUGGUAGCGGGUGUCUGUAAUCCCAGUUACUUGGGAGGCUGAGGCAGAAUUGCUUGAACCCAGGAGGUGAAGGUUGCAGUGAGCUGAGAUCGUGCCACUGUACUCCAGCCUGGACGACAGAGCGAGACUGAGGUCUCAAAACAAAAAAAGAAGGAAAGGUGAAAACCGGAUCUUGGAGCUCUGUGGGCCCGGAUUGCAGGCCCCUCCCUGUGUGAUGAGGGUUGGGCCAGCUGGGGGAGUCACCUGGUCAGCCUGCUUGCCACACCUGGUCAUCAGGAGGUUGAAGAAAGCCUUGAUCGUUGUGAAGCACUAAGCAGAUACAAGUGUUUAAUUUUGUAGAAAUUAACUUUCCCCUCUGGCCUUUAUCUCCCUAGUUGGUAUUGUAGCCCCAUGCAGACUGCAAUCAAGUUUUUGACUGUGACUCAACAUUGCAAAGUGCUAAAUAGGAAGAGGUCACCCCACGUUGCUAUCCACCCCCUCCCUGACCAAGCCAAUAUAAUCGCAACAUGUACUUGGUCCUUGGUGUCUUGGAGUGACAUCUGCAGCCAGUCAGUGCCCCCUGAGUCCAGCACUUGUACUUUUACAUGGUGUGUGUGUGAGUAGCUCUGAUGCCCAAACCAUAAUUUCAGGUUCAACCACUUGUAGCUGAAAGCUUUAUUUUAGAACAAUAAACUGAUUUUUUCCAGAUGGGUGAUAUCUUCCACCCAUGACUAUGUUUUCUUAACUUUGCGUUGAAUCUAUUUACUGGGUUACAUUCUAUGUGUAGUUUGUUUUUUCAUUUAUUGCUCUUUUCUUUUAAAAUGCUCAUGUCUUAUUCCAAGCAUCAUCCUCCAAAGCCCCCAAAAAGCUGCAUCUCCAACCAGUUGUUAUGCCAAUAAGGUUUUAUUUAACUUUAUUUAAGGAUGAUUGUAUCUUCGAACUGCAAAUGUACUGCUGCUUCCUACCUGCAAGACGCACAAUGUAUGUUUUAAGGGUGAGCAAGUGUUAUUUGUUAAAUUCAUCAGAUGCCUGUAGUGACUAUUGUUUCUGCCUCUCAAUUGUUGCUAGCUCUUUGAAGAAGGGGAGAAUUGUGUGGGUGUUUGUGUGGGAUGUUUCUGAUAUGCUGCUACAGUUGCAACACUGGAGCUAGAGAAAAUAAAGUAUUGAUCUUUGAA